GACACCUGCUCGUGCUGGGCAGGGCGGGGAUGCGCAGCCGCGGCCCCUUCUCCUCCGCUCCCCUUCCCCGCCCCACCCCUCCCUCCAUCCCUCACCGGCUCCCCGGCUCCCGCCCCGCCCGCCCGCCGCUCCGGGGGGGUCUCCGCCGCCGCCGCCGCCGGAAGGAGCCGCCAUUUGCCGCCGCCGAGCGCACGGGCCGAGCCGAGCCGGAUCCGGGAGUCGGAGCGGGACUGGGGCCGGGAGGACGACGAUGGGGGGCGGCCCCGCCGCAGGAGGACCGGGGCGCCUAAGCCCCGGCGCCCGGCCCGCGCCGGACCCCGACCCGCAGGGCGCGGCCCCCUGAGCCCCCCGCCCGCCCCCUGCCCCUGCCCCUGCCCCUGCCCGGGCCAUGCCCGCCCCCGUCGCCGUCCCCGGGCUUACGGCCCUCUCGGCCCCGCGAGCCCCGGAGCCCCGGCGGCGGCGGCGGUGAACGGCGCCUGCAGGCCGCGGAGACCCCGGCCCGGCCCGGCGCUCCCGCGCGCGCCCCGCUCCCGGCCUUGUCCUCGCCCCUUCCCCCGCCGCCCGGGAGCCCCCCUCGCUCGCCGCCCCCCGACCCCCGGCGCCCGGACGAUGCUCAAGUCUCGGCUCCGCAUGUUCCUGAACGAGCUGAAGCUGCUGGUGCUGACGGGCGGGGGGCGGCCCCGAGCCGAGCCGCAGCCCCGGGGGGGCGGGGGAGGCGGCUGCGGCUGGGCGCCCUUUGCCGGCUGCUCUGCCCGGGACGGCGACGGCGACGAGGAGGAGUACUACGGGUCGGAGCCGCGGGCCCGGGGCCUGGCCGGCGACAAGGAACCGCGGGCCGGACCCCCGCCGCCGCCCGCUCCGCCGCCGCCGCCCCCAGGCGCGCUGGACGCCCUGUCGCUCAGCAGCAGCCUGGACAGCGGGCUCCGAACCCCCCAGUGCAGGAUCUGCUUCCAAGGCCCGGAGCAGGGGGAGCUCCUGAGCCCUUGCCGCUGUGACGGCUCAGUGCGCUGCACACACCAGCCCUGCCUAAUCCGCUGGAUCAGUGAGAGGGGCUCCUGGAGCUGUGAGCUCUGCUACUUCAAGUACCAGGUCCUGGCGAUCAGCACCAAGAACCCACUGCAGUGGCAGGCCAUCUCCUUGACUGUCAUCGAGAAGGUCCAGAUUGCUGCUAUAGUUCUGGGCUCACUGUUCCUCGUUGCCAGCAUCUCCUGGCUCAUCUGGUCCUCACUCAGCCCGUCAGCCAAGUGGCAACGCCAGGAUCUGCUCUUCCAGAUCUGCUAUGGCAUGUACGGCUUCAUGGAUGUGGUCUGUAUAGGCCUUAUCGUUCAUGAAGGCUCUUCUGUCUACCGCAUCUUCAAGCGCUGGCAAGCAGUGAAUCAGCAGUGGAAGGUCCUGAAUUAUGACAAGACCAAGGACAUAGGAGGAGAUUCGGGGGGAGGGACGGCAGGGAAGCCAGCCCCCAGGACCUCACGGACCAGCCCCCCUGCUGGGGCCCCCAGCCGGCCCCCAGCUGCCCAGCGCAUGCGGACGCUCUUGCCUCAGCGCUGUGGGUAUACAAUCCUGCAUCUCCUUGGACAGCUACGGCCACCAGAUGCCCGUUCCAGUUCUCAUUCUGGUCGAGAGGUUGUCAUGAGAGUUACCACAGUGUGACCUGGACUCCAGGAGCAGGGAUCUUAAGUCAGUGCAUCAUCCAGAGAUGACCUCUCCUGGCUGCUGGAGGUACGGCCUAGACAAGGUGUUUGGGGCACAGUGGCCACACCACUGAGGAUCUCUGUGGACAGCCUCAAGCCUGGAGACAUUGUCUGGCCUCUACUGCCCACAGGGCAGUGACACCUGGAUGACAUUUCAGCUCCCACUGACACCACCUCAUACUCAUCGUGAGGAUGGCCAGCAAGCAGGCGGGGAGAACAGCUUUUCUUCCUGGAGAGAACCAUCUUUACCUCAGCUUUAGGGCCUUCAGUCCCCUGGCUCCACCAUGGUGACUUGGUAAAGGGAGACCAAUGCCAGACACAAGGGGCUGUAGACUCCCAUUCCCCACCUCAUGGCCACAGGGCAUCUGGCAAUAAGACUAGUAAACAUUGACCUCCCGUUCCCUGCAUGAGGGCGGGGGGACUUCCCCUGCUCCACCCCCAUUGCAUGGGGGAAGGGCAUAAAGAAUCAUUUAUAUGCACGUGGAGACUCCUUUCUCAUCUGGGGCUUUUCUGAAGGGCUGCAGGGCGUGGGGAGGCUCCUCCGCACUGAUCGCACGGCCCAGGAGCAGCGGUGCGUUUGGAGUUGGAGGAGGGACUCACCCGCUGGUGAAUAAUUCACAUGGGUGCUAGGUGGCAGUGCUCAGCGGCAGCUGCGCAGGGGUGGACUCGCCACCUGUGAGUUACAAUACUUAGACCCUGUCUACCUCAUAGACUUGGAAUGAGGAUGAAUGAGGGACAGGUUGAAUGCUACUCCAAAGAAAAUUGACCUUGGCAUAAAAAGUUCUGGACUAGCUGCUGGUCCACUUAUUUCAAAUAGUAGGUAGCAAAGCAAAUUCCAAAAUGUGGUUUUUGUCAGAAGUGGCACGGAGCUUUGGCAUUUUGAGUGAGAAAGUAGAUACAGAAGCAAAAGGGGCAAUAGAACAGCCGCUGUGCAGGGCAGCAGUUGUUGUAGGGACGAGAACACUUCUGACCCCCAAAACUGCAUUUGGGAGAAGGCUGGAGCCACGUAGCCUGUUCUGAGAACGUCUGCGUUGGAUCAGGCCUUCCCAGGUACUGUGUGCCCCAGAGAGAUGGUGUGGACUCACUUAGAGCGACAAGGAAGGAGCCUCUUCCUGCAGUGUUAUGUCUUUAAUCCCGACUGAAACUAUUUCUGUGGCAGCUCGGGUCACAGGUUUGAUCCAGCCGUGGCCAGCUAGUGAGUGGUAUUACUGGAAGGUAGAAGGAUGGGAUGGCUCAUGUUUAUUAGAGAAAGGAUUUGGGAACCGUGGGUCCGAGGGCUGGGGGUGUGGGUCAGUGGUACAGUGCUUGCCUGCUGUGCAUGAGGUCCUGGUGUUAACUCCGAUACCACCGAUACCACCGAGAAUACUAUGUGGGUCAGCUUGAAGCUUGGUCGCUUUCUCCUGAAGCCUGGGGCUGGGUACUAUAUGAAUGAUGGUGUCUUUUUAAAUGAACCAUUCAUGAGCAAUUAAAGAAUUCCUUCAUACAUUGUUAAA